AUGACGCAUUCUGGUGCUGAAGAAGAAUUCCUAUUAGAAACAGAAGAAACCAAACGUACUAAACUUACUGAAGGCGCAGUCGUCCUUCAAAUGCAAACUGAAGCCGUUGAUCGUCUUAAAAUACUUGAAACUCGCAAGUUCAAACUCUCUAAAGUCCCAAUCAUCACUAUCGGUGGCAGUAAAAUGUGGGUCAAUGGCUGGAUAGCUAAAACUGCCCCUCUUAAUCAAUCCCAACCUCUCCCAACCCCAGAAUCCGGCACAACCUGUGAUAUUUGCCAACGCGAGUUUUUAGAUAAGCGCCGCCUAGCCAUUCACAAGAACGUCCACUUAAAGACGUCAUCUAAAUCCUAA